AGCUCCGCCAGUCACUCUCAGUUGGAACGGCGCUUCAAACGGUUAUCGUUCGCCGGAGCCCUCCCGCUUCUCGCCCCCUCCCGAAGCCCCGCAUUAACAGUUGCUUUGCUGCGUAUAAGAAGCGGAAAGCAAACGCCAGAAGAAGAUCGAUACGAAGAAGCAAGUAAGGCAAUGACAAAGAUGGGCGGAAAUUUGGCACUGAUGCUGCUGUCGCUGCUUUUAAGCGCGUUUGCCACCGGCAAUGGCAACUCCAUUCCGACGACCACGACGCCCCAAGGCGUUUUCGAGACCCGCACAGACAAGCUGCCCAGUGGCGCUGCUCCCCUGCCAUCCGGUGGAGUGGGUGUCUACGAUGACAUCGACACCUUUGUGCCCUUCAGGAGCGACUCGCACGAUCCCUUCUCGUGGCACCUGCUCAAAACGGUACUGCAAAACGAGACGGCACCCAAGAAUGUGAUCAUCUCGCCGUUUUCCGUGAAACUAGUUCUGGCCUUGCUGGCCGAGGCGGCCGGAGCCGGAACCCAGACCCAAGUUGAGCUGGCCAACACUCAGACGGACAUCCGGUCGCAGAACAACGUCAGGGAGUUCUACCGCAAGACCCUAAACUCUUUCAAAAAGGAAAACCAGCUGCAUGAGACGCUAAGUGUGCGCACCAAGCUUUUCACGGAUAGCUUUAUUGAGACGCAGCAAAAGUUCACGGCCACGCUGAAGCAUUUCUAUGACAGCGAAGUGGAGGCCCUGGACUUUACCAACCCGGAGGCGGCGGCCGAUGCCAUUAAUGCCUGGGCCGCCAACAUCACACAGGGCAGACUGCAGCAACUGGUGGCACCAGACAAUGUGCGCAGCAGCGUGAUGCUGCUGACCAAUCUGAUCUAUUUCAAUGGUCUGUGGCGCCGCCAGUUUGCCACCACUUUCCAAGGAGCCUUUUUCCGCAGCAAGGACGAUCAAUCGCGGGUGGAGUACAUGGAGCAGACCGACUACUUCUUCUACACAAACUCGGAGAAGCUAAAGGCACAGAUUCUGCGUCUGCCCUACAAGGGGAAAAACUCGUUGUUCGUGCUGCUGCCGUACACACAGAAUGGCAUCCAUGAACUGGUCCAGAACCUUGAGAACGACGAGCUCAAGGGCGCCCAGUGGGCAAUGGAGGAGGUGAAGGUGAAGGUAACGCUGCCCAAGUUCCACUUUGACUACCAGCAGAACCUCAAGGAGACGCUACGCAGUCUGGGAGUGCGUGAAAUCUUUGAGGAUAGUGCCUCGCUGCCGGGAUUGACCCGCGGAGCCGAUGUCGCCGGCAAAGUGAAGGUGUCCAACAUCCUGCAGAAGGCCGGAAUCAAUGUGAACGAGAAGGGUACGGAGGCCUAUGCCGCCACGGUUGUCGAGAUCGAGAACAAGUUCGGGGGCAGCACCGCCAUCGAGGAGUUCAACGUGAACCGGCCGUUUGUGUUCUUUAUCGAGGAGGAGUCCACCGGAAACAUUUUGUUUGCCGGAAAGGUCCACACUCCCACCACCCAGAACUAAGUCACUAAGGCGGUUUUAUCUUUAAAUAUGCAAUAAAAAUACAAACAAAUCUAA